AUGAUAUAAUAGAAAUAAUAUUUUAAUAAUCUUGAAGAAUUUAUAAAAUCUGAGCUAUAAUCUCAUUUAGUUCUCGAAAUUGAUCUAUUUGCAAAAUAAAUUGAUGAUGAAGUUGCAACAUGUUUAGGUUCUACUAUUGCAAAGUGCACUAAUCUCUUAAAUUUGAAGCUUGAUCUCUAUGCAAAUUAUAUUAGUGAAAUUGGAGCAUUAGGCUUAGGUUCUGGUUUAGGAUAGUGCACUAAUCUCUCAAACUUGAAUCUAUCUCUUAAUAGAAAUUCUAUUGGUUAUCAGGGUGCAUUAAGCUUAGGUUCUGCUUUAUCAAAAUGCUUAAAUCUCUCAAAUUUUGAGCUUAAUCUUUUAUAUAAUCAAAUUGGUUAAGAUGGUGCAUAAGGCUUAGGUUCUGCUUUAGCAAAUUUCAAUAACCUUUCAAAUUUGAAUCUUUGCCUUGGCUUUAAUUAAAUUGGUGACGAAGGUUUAUCAAGCUUAGGUUCUUCUUUAGUAAACUGCACUAAACUCUCAAAUUUGACACUUGUUCUUAUGGCAAAUUAUAUUGGUAAUGAAGGUGUUUUGGGGUUAGGUUCCUCUUUAGUAAAAUGUGCUAAUCUCUAAAAUUUAAACCUUGAUCUCUCUAAAAAUGAAAUUGAUGUUGAAGGUGCAUCAAAUUUAGGUUCUUCUUUAGCAAAGUGCACUAAUCUCUUAAAUUUGAUGCUUGAUCUUAGUUUCAACGAAAUCAAUGAAUCAGAAGAAUUAAAAAUAAAGAGCAAGUGUCUUAAAUCAAAAAUAUUAGUUGUCUUUUAAAAUAGUUAAUGA